AUGCCACGUGGGUUCCUAGUGAAGAGGACACACCGAGAAGGCCCCGUCUCGUACCGGAUUCGGGCUCCUCCGGACGAACGUUCCCCACCCGUGCUUCCAGGCGCUGCAGCCCAUCGAAAACAGCCCAGGGUUGGGGGGCUGCCUGAAACCCAGGCCCCCAGCCUGGCACCCCGGCGCCUCAUCAGUGCCAUUCCGCUGGCCGGCUGCCACGACCGGGGCCUCAAUUCCGGGUCCCCGGCGCCAGGAGAAUCGGCUCCAGCGUGCACAUCGCAGGCUCCUGGUUCGGGUUCGGCCUGCGCUGGGGCCAAGCCGAUGAAGAGGGUCAGCGUGGCCCGAGAGGGCCUAGUUUUGCUGGGCGCCUUCGUCUGCCAGCUGUGCCAGGAAUCCUACCCUGGCCCGCUGGCCUUGGCGCAACACUGUUGCUCCCGCAUCGCUCGGGUCGAGUACCGCUGCCACGAGUGCAGCAAAGCGUUCAGCUGCCCCGCCAACCUGGCUUCUCACCGCCGCUGGCACAAGCCCCGAAACGGGGGGCACCUGGAGGGGACCAAGGAGAACGAGAGUCCCAAGCUGGCCCGCACCCCCAGCGCCCUGCUGCACCCUGAGCUCUCGGAGGGGAGUUACGGUUGCCCUCACUGCUCCAAACGGUUCCGACGGCGGGCUUACCUGUGCAAGCACCUGGCCCUGCACGCCGCCACCGGGACGGUGCUGUCCGAAAGCCAGUGUCUGCACGGCAACCCGGCCCCACUCUCUGCUUCCUGGCCUAAAAAGUCAUUUUAA